AUGUCGGCCUCGCCCACCGGGUCUAUGCUCAUGGCUGCGUCCGAGAGCUGCAGCCAACCGCCGGGCUUGACCAGGCGGGCCAACCUGGCCACCAGCCGCGGCGCCUCGUCUCCAGGGCUCAUCAUUAGGCAGGAGCCCAUGUGCACCAGGUCGAACGAGGCCUCCCACUCUUCCGGGAACGGGUUUUUGAAGCUGUGCAGCUCGAUCGAGAUGCCCGGCGCGCAGUCUGGAUACGGCGCGAUGUCGGUCCCCUGCAGCGUGGCGGUGGCCCGCGCCGACGGGGUCAUCGACUCCUGCACCAUGGAAAGCCAGCGGCCAGUCCCGGCGCCGACGUCGAGGAUGCGGAGGUUGGGUUGGGAAAGGUCAACCGGGGCUUGGACGAGGCCUCCCAGGGCGUGGGAGAUUAGGCCCAGCUGGCUGAAGAGGCGUGCCGACUCCUUCUCGGUGCGGAGAACCGGCUUCUCAAAAGUUGGCAUGGCUUCACACAUGAACAGCGCCCCUUAUCAGUGGUGA